UCUGUCAUAUCCUUCCCGCACAGCCCGCAUAGUCCCCCAAUCUGAACACCAUGCUUGCAUGGCUCCGUGAUGCAUAUGAUAGGUCUCUGUUUCGCCUUCUGGGUAGAGAUGCAGUCGCCAGACUUGACCCUCCAGGAUUCGACAGUUCCUUCAAUUGAACAGUCCCAUGUGCCAAACCGAGUUUCUGGCUUCGAGACUGUUGCAGGAGAUGAAUACAGGAAGGAGUACGUCAAUAGCCGGGUCCCGCGCUGCACAGUAGCACCUAGCUGGACAUCGAGAGAUGUGAUUUUUAUAGGAUACGGUAGCGUCGGUGGCAAAAAUAUAUCUGUCGGACUCGACAUUUGGCUAUCAGAGAGCCAAGUGCAAAGUUGAUGUCGAGUGUAGACUUGAGCGAUGACCUCGAUGAUGCACGAGACUGGAUGACUUUGUUUACUCGACCGUAUUGAGUAACUUUGACCCUUCCGCUAAAUAACUUAAAACGACACUUGGUUCAAAGAUGUCGCCUCCGCUUUUGUUCUCCACAAUUGAAGUUACAAGACAAGCGUUUUACAGGACAGCGCUAUCGUACGCCAUCGUCAAUCUCAAGCCAAUCGUGCCAGGACACGUGCUUGUAAUCCCCAAUCGACCUGUACCGCGCUUGACGGAUCUCACUACAGCAGAAUUAACAUCCCUCAUCGCUUCUGUCCAAAAUGUCGGUCGAGUGGUCGAGCGAGCGUACGGCGGUGACGCGUUGACCGUGGCAUGCCAGGAUGGAAAGGCUGCAGGACAGUCUAUACCUCACGUCCACUUCCAUAUCAUGCCUCGGAAAUACCACGGAGACUACUUUUCGCAGAGAAUGGAUGAUAUAUAUCCUGCAUUAGAGCAGUCGGAAGCGGACUUGCCCCGCGACUUGCAAAAUAUCAAAGUGUCUAGCACCACGGUGCAACAUCACCAGCUCAAAGUCGAUGCAGAUGAGGACAGAUUACCGCGGACGCUGGAAGACAUGGAACAGGAGGCGACAUGGCUGAGAGGUUUCUUUACAUGAUGCCAACGCUGUGCAAUGCUACGUGCCCAUUCUGCUGCAAUCUGGAAGGUUU